ACCUAGUCACAUUUGACGAUCCGUUGGUAACGCAUGUGGAAUCCACCACGUUCCGUCGCAAACGCGCGUUCCGUGUUCUUCUGGAUCGCCAUCUCGUGUUUAACCGACAAAAAAAAAACCGCGCACCUUCCAAGUCAAGUGCAAUAAACACCUCAUGAAGAAUUAAAUCUGGGCAGUUUACCUAGUUCAUUUGAAUAUUUGCCCAACUUGGAACUUUCGUCGAGGUACACUAAAACUCAUCGAACUCAGAUGAGGUGAAAUCACGCAAUUAUAUGGCACCUGAACCCAAUGAGGGAACACCCCGGAAAGAUUAACCCAAGAUGAGCACAAUGUUGUGAAUUUAAUCAGCCGAACCAUCAAGUUUUUGCAGACCAAGUGGACUAUUCGUGUUGAGUGGAGUGCGGAAAAUUAGUGCGACGGCUUUGGGAAAUAUCACCCUUCGCUAUUACAAGUAUAGUUAAGAAACUAAACGGACAAGUGCUUUUGUGCAAAAGUGCAACAAUUUCCUACAUAAUUUUCCAUAUUGGAAAGACAAGUCACUACAUUUUGAGAUUAAGCCUACAACCCACCCUAAGCGCACCUACAUCAGAGCAGGAUUACAGCCAACUCCGAAAUUCAGACUUUUCAGUAUCCGGCAAUCGCAAUUGAGUUUAGCGACAGAGGCAUGAUGCUCUUGAGAAAAUUCAAUCAAUCAGUGUGGAAAAUGUCCAUGGGAUUGGCGAGAAAGACUGCAAGAUCCACCUUGGAUGUCAAGAAGUGAAUUUAGAAGGAUUGAGUAAGAUUUUGAGAGUGCGGGAGUAUCUAUUUUAGUGCUAGAGAAAAAAAAUCGGUAACGUGUGCAAUAGAGGUGUAAGUAUCCUGAACUCAGAUAGAUAUUAUAGCAAAAGUGUGAGGGCAGCAAAGAGAGGGACUCUUGCUCUGGGGGACAAGUAGAAAAGUGUUGAGUGCUAAUCCGGAAAAUUGACGUGGGAGACGGGGAAAGCGUGCGACGAAAGGAAGCUGCUCGGACGGAGGUGCAUUAUGCCGCUUCUGGUCGCCCAGCGGAGUUCACAUCGAGUGGCACUUGACCACAGCUCAGCGCCGGCCACAGACCAGCCCUUGGAUUUUACCAUGUCCAAAUUCAAAACAUCCACCAGGCACCAACUAUAUCGUCAGUACUACGGAGCCGAUGAUUCCCCACCGCCCUACGUGAAGCACGAAGAACUGGAAAACAGUGAUAGUGAAAUGCGAGAAAAACCCUGCGGAAAAUUGUGGCUAGAUAAUGUCAGUGAGAUGCAGUGGCGCCACCAAUUAGCAGCGGCUGCUGUAGCUGCAGCCAGUUGCACCCAGCAAUCAUCAGUACCACCAACGAAUCCACCCAACACCACCGCCUCCACCGCCACCAGUAGCCACUCCACCAUACAGCAAUCCAUCACCAACAGCAAUAUCCCCGUGCGUGAGUUGAUGGCACAGCACGAGGCUGCCAAGCGAGCAUUAGCCGCUGUUGCGGCCACAACCACAACCACUACAGUCGCUUCGGCUCCCUCUUCUUCAUCCUCGUCGCCAACGGGACUGACUCACGCGGCGGCUACGGCGUCCCCCGGUCGUGAUCGUCCAUUCCUGGCGACACAUUUGGCGGACAGGGAGCGUCUGAUGAUGCAACGGCACGAUGGGGCACGCGAAAAAUGUCUAAACAACAAUGAGCGUGAGCGGGACCUGAGAUGCGAACGCGAUGGCCCACAACCCAAGCCCAAGAGUCUAGAUCUAAGUCGAAUACCCAAAUCAUCACCCUCACCAGCCCCAUCCAAUGACGACGGAGAUUCUGUCGAUGAGCACAGUGAAAGGGAACAAUCACAGAGUCCACCACCACAUCAGGAUGACCGACCAUCGGCACUAAAUCUGGUAACCGACUCAUCGCGACAUACACCAUCUCCUGUGUCGUCUAACCAGCAAACGGCUCCCACCAGUGCUGCUGGUGGAAGUCUUGGGGCUGCUAUUGCAGCCCUUCAGAGCCUGCCACUUGCAUCGCAGCUCCUCCUGCUCCAGAGUCACCUGGGCCUCAGUAAUCUGGCCGGGUUGUCGCCGCAGGAUCUCAACACCCUACAACAGGCAACUCUCCAGCAACACAUCCAGAACUACAUGCUAAUGCAUGGUGGGAGUGGAGCUGGAGGACUCAAUGCUCAAUCCGGAGCAACCUCGGCCAAUGCCCAGGCUGCGGCUGCACAGUUCCUAAUGCAGAAUCAGGUCCAUGCUGUAGCUCAGGCUGCUCAGCAGUUGCAGGCUCUGCAGAAGCAGCAACAGCAACUGAAGUCAGAGACUUCAGCUGGUGGAGUCAUUGCCACGAGUUCUCCACUUCACAGCCCGGCUGGAUCACCAAGUGGUCAGAACUCGAGUGCCACGAGUCUCCUGGGACCCAACCAAACUACACCACCUAAUGUUGCAAGUCUCAAUGUUGGUGGUAUCCUAACCCCUUCGACACCCGGCUCGGGAACUCAUACGCCCCAGAUGCCAAAGCUUCAGGCUCCCCGUGCCCUUGAACCCUCACCCGAGGAGACCACGGACCUCGAGGAAUUGGAGCAAUUUGCAAAGACAUUCAAGCAACGUCGGAUCAAACUUGGCUUUACGCAGGGCGAUGUAGGUCUGGCCAUGGGGAAGUUGUACGGCAAUGACUUUUCCCAGACCACAAUAUCGCGUUUCGAGGCCCUAAAUCUGAGCUUCAAGAACAUGUGCAAGCUGAAACCAUUGCUCCAGAAGUGGCUGGAAGAUGCUGAUAGCAGCAUUACGAAUCCCGGAGGGAUCUUUGGCACCAGUACCCUAAGCAAUCCACUGACCACGCCUGAAACAAUUGGUCGACGCCGGAAGAAGCGUACGUCCAUUGAGACGUCGGUCCGGGUGGCGCUGGAGAAGGCCUUCAUGAUGAAUCCGAAGCCUACUAGCGAGGAGAUUUCUCAGCUGGCGGAUCAGCUGUGCAUGGAGAAGGAAGUGGUUCGGGUGUGGUUCUGCAAUAGGCGCCAGAAGGAGAAGCGCAUCAAUCCACCGCCCAAUUCAAUGGAUUCACCCAAUCAUCCUGGCACACCAAGUGGUGCUGGAUUGUCCCUGAGUCACCAUGGAUCCUCGUACUUUGGUCCACUCUCGUCUCCGGCGGCGUCCAUUAAGCAGGAAUGACCUCCGAGAUGGGGUGUCGGGGAUUUUGGCGCCUUCGGCACAGCCCUGCUCACGGCGGAGCAUCAUGACGCCGGCGCCCGUUUCCUAGACUAAUGUCGACACUCUCAGUCAUAUCAUCCUGCAAAUCCAGCAGUGGACACACUCUUUUCAUUACAGGGAACUUUUUCACCUUUCACAGGGUCAUGGAAUCCCUUCUCAGAAGCAUCAGACCUGACCCUACACGGAAAAGCUAGGUCAGGGAUCUCUGCUUUGAAAUUCUAGCACCAAAAAAAAAACUUAUCAACCUGGAAGGGACUCUUCAAUGACCCAAAGAUGAUUGGAAUCAAAGAAAAUGAGUGAAAAACGUAAGCUCUACAACAAUAUGAGGACAAGAAGGAGAGAUUCCUAACAUAACUAAUAAGCAAAGCAGAGGAUUAAAAAGAAAUCAUUUUAAAUAUUAAAAAAAAAAGAGGAAAUGCAACUAAUUCGAUAGCGUUACAAGGAGGAAAAAAUGGUAGGUGUGUGUGAUUAAGAAAAAAAAACCUAAAAGAAAAUUAUUUCGAAUUUAAUUUUUAACGUUGUCGUGCAAAGAAAACAUUUUCCUUUAUCAACAGUGAAAGAGACAUCCAGUAAGUCCAAAAGAAAAUUCUCUAAGCUUAAAAAGAAAAAUGUGAAAAUGAAUUGCGUGACAGUGAGUGCGAAUUGAGACAAUUUUUUUUUUGUAAUUUCUCUUUAAAAAAAAAGUUGCUAGUGAAAAAAAAGAUUAAAUGUUAUUUUAUUGUGAAUGGUAAAACAUCCUAUUUUUGACCUCCAAACAGUUCUCUUUAUUCCCCCCUUGAAGGAAAAAAAUAUUAAAUUAUUUAUUAUGCGAAAGAGAAACGUAAAAAAAAUUAAAAAAUAUAUAUAUAUUAAAAAAAAGAGAAUAAAA